AUGAGCUCGGGACUGACGCCGGUCGAAGAGAAGCUCAUCUCGCUGAACUCAUGUUACGGGAGCUGGCCACCAAAGUGCUCCCGCACCCCUUUGCAAGCACUGGACGAGAUCCACAUCUCGUGGCAGGGCGCGGAGAAGCCGGCACCGAGCGACCUGUCGAGUCUCUUGUCGGUGAGGCGGCGGGUGGUCGAGAGGGCCCUUGUCUGGCUGAAGCGGAACAACCCCCACUACGCCGAGAUCGAGAUCGACGCGGCGGAGAUGGAGAGCUGGGAGACUCGAUACACGGGCGCGGACGGCGCACGUUGUGCCGCCCACGGAACGCGCCAUGGACGAGGAGGGCCGGUGGAGAUCGAGGAGCUCUUCGCCCUGCUCAACCAAGGACAAGAAGCCGGCGGCCAGGGUGAAGGUCACGGGCCCAACGGAGAAGGCGCGGUUCGCGAUGGAAGUGACGCCUGCCCCGACCAGAACGUUCCAGCGAUCAACGAGGUGACGUCUUCUGGCAUGUUCGCGCUCGACGGACCGCCAGACGUCGCGGACGUGGAGAAGCUGCAGUUUGCCUGUGACGCUGUUGCCGGGGUUCGGGGCGUGGCGACGGUGGUUGUGAGCCAUACAUCCGGGUUUCGCGGGGGUGAGUUUACCGAUUCCUUUGAGGCGUCCUUCUUUGCCAGGACGUUCCCGACCCUGUUCCCAUUUGGCGUUGGGGACCAAGAGGCGGCCGCGGGAGACCCCGUAUCGUCUCGAAGCUUGAACCUUCAGGCGUGGGCCGAGAUCGUGCUCCGGCGCCAUGGUGGUCGAUUUGCACUGCACCACAUCUUCGCAUUUCUCGUCUUCAACAUGGGGGUGCGGUCGAGGAACCGCCGGGUCAGCAUGUUGAGUGUGGGGAGGAAGAACUUCCGCAAGGUAGAGCGCAUCUCGCUCAUCGUCGGAUAUGGCGUGCCGGCCAUCUGGUUCACCAUCAACCCGAACGACAUUACGAACCCGGUGAAGCUGCGACUGGCGGCAUACCGCACACGCGAUCCCGACGCGGCCGAGGAGUUCUUAGAAGGCCUUGGGGAUGCGUAUAAGCGGGCACGGCUGGCGAUAUCGGAUCCCAUGAGCUCGGCCGUGUUCUUCCACCGCGAGAUGAAGCUAUUCUUCGAUCAUUACGUGAAGGUCGGUGAAGACUCGAUGCUUGCCGACAUCCACGGGGAGGAUCAGGCGGCGUAUCGCGAGCGAAUUGUCCGAUACAUCGAUAGCGUCUUCUCAGAGGAUCUGGACCAGGAAAGUUUUUGCGCCGUGCAAGCGGAGCGAUCUGUGACGGGCGGUAUUGGUUCCCUGCUGGACAACGCCGCGCAGUUCUCGGCCGCGUUUAUCGAGGAGGCCAACUUCUGUGCCGGCGCGACGCAGGAGGGCGGAAAGGGACCUCUGCCGGUUCAAGGCGCCAUGGAGAUCCGGAGGACACACAGCAUGGUCAAUCGAUGGAACGAGGCUAUUGCUGUCGGGCUCCGGCACAACCAUGAUAUUUCCUUCAUUGCGACGCAGCGCAAGACAAUGGCCCUCAUCUAUUAUGUCACGAACUACGCGACCAAGGUGGAGGACCCGGUGUGGAAGCGUGUGGCGGCCGCGGCCGAGCUCCUGGCCGCCUCAACAGGGAACAGGACGCGACAGUUCCUGAUGAGAGUGGCGAACCGCGUGUUCACGGAGCGUCCGCUAUCACAGGUCGAGGUCGUCGCUCACCUUCUCGGAUAUCCGGCCGAGUUCACCGACAGCAGCGCGUGGGCGUACCUGAACUGUUCUCUGCUGUACUGGGAAGUCUUUCGGCGAUGGCGGCAUCUCCGAGAAGCCAGUGGCGCUGCGGCUAUGGAUGACACCUUGGAUGAGUCGGUGCUCAGGCGGCCGGGCAAGCACGCUACCGUCUGCCUCGACGGCUACCUGAGCAAGGACUUCACCUACGAUGACGAGUCGUGCUACCGGAGGGCAGCCGUGCAGCAUCUUGCGCUGUUCGUGCCGUGGAGUCCUUCCUGGGCGAAGGAACAGCUGCUUCGACGAUCCGCCGAAGACGCAAAACGCGACGCCAAGCAAUGGGCAGCCUCGUCCGGCGAUGGCGACCCGACGGUCGCACACGUCGAGGAGGGUGGAGCAGGCGAGGCGGGCGCGGAGUCUGCAGCGACAUAUCAGCCCAACAGCAUCGGAGACGCAACGCGGCUCAUCGACGUCGUCCGAGGUGCAGUGGGAGCGAAUCAGGUGACGGCCAAGUCGCCGGAGCUCAUGGCAAUGAUACAGCAGCUCUGUCGGUUUCAGCAAUCGGCGCUGCGCUCGACGGCCGAGCUCGAGGCCACGGCGCUGAUCGAACGAGGGAGAGGCGGUUAA